CGAGAAAGCCAUCCUUGCUUGUGCGCCUCUGCUUGCUUGCUUGCUGCUGCUGCUCGUGCUCGCGCGCAUCUGCCCACCCGCACCUUCCUUCAGCGACCGGCGACUGGCGCGCAGCUUCCCUCUUUGCCCGCCGCCCCUUCUGCGUUGAGCGCACAGCGUCGUGCCUGCCCGCCCCGCCCUCGCCGCCUGCCCCAACCCGCCAGCUGCUGCUGCUGCUGCUGCCGCCGCCGCCGCCGCCGCCGCUGCUGCCUGCUGUGUCUGCCCGCUGCCCGCCCGCCCGCUGCCCCGUCCCGCCACUGCUUGCCACGGCCACGGCCACGGCCACAACCACCACCACCACCCGCUCCUGCCGGGCUCCUCGCAGCCAGCAGCCGCCGCCGCCAUGGAUCAGCUCGAGAGUGACAUGCUCGUCGACCACGACUACGACGAAAAGGCCGACGUUGCCAUCAUCACCCCCGACACCGACGACCCAAUGGACGACGUCGACGCCGACGCCGAGCCUCGCGCCGACGAGUACGAUGCCUUCAUGAAGAGGCACAUGCCCAAAACGCUCGAGUACGAGACCGAGGCCGAGGCCUACCACACGUGGGAAAUCAGAGAAUGGCGCCAGCUCACCCGCCGUGAACACGGCCCCGUCUUCGAGUGCGGCGGCCACCCCUGGCGCAUCCUCUUCUUUCCCUAUGGCAACAAUGUCGACUUUGCCUCCUUCUACCUCGAGCAGGCCUACGACGAGAAGAACAUGCCCGACGACUGGUAUGCCUGUGUCGAGUUCAUGCUGGUCCUGUGGAACCCAAACGACGCCAGCAUCUACACGACGCACACGGCACACCACCGCUUCACGGCCGACGAGGGCGACUGGGGCUUCACGCGAUUCGCCGAGCUCAGGAAGCUCUUCAGCAACUCGUGGGAGGAUCGUGGACGCCCAAUGGUUGAGGAUAAUGGCGCCAAUGUGACUGCAUACGUCCGAGUGCUCAAGGACCCAACCGGCGUCCUGUGGCACAACUUCAUCAACUACGACUCCAAAAAGGAAACCGGCAUGGUUGGACUCAAGAACCAAGGCGCCACGUGCUACCUCAACUCGCUCCUCCAGUCCCUCUUCUUCACGACCGCCUUCCGCCAAGCCGUCUACCAAAUUCCCACUGCAGAGGAGGCCGACCGUUCGAAUAGCGCUUACGCCCUCCAACGGCUUUUCUACCUGCUCCAAACCUCAAACACGGCCGUCGGCACCACGGAAUUGACCCAUUCGUUUGGCUGGGACUCAAAGCAGAUUUUCGAGCAACAAGAUGUGCAGGAACUGUCCCGCGUGCUCAUGGACAAGCUCGAUGAGCGCAUGAAAGGCACAGAGGCUGAGGGUGCCCUAACCAAAAUGUUUGUGGGAAAGAUGAAGACGUACAUAUCGUGUAUCAACGUCGACUACGAAUCUUCUCGCAUUGAGGAAUUUUGGGACAUUCAACUGAAUGUGAGCGGGAACAAGAACCUCGACGACAGCUUUAGGGACUACAUCCAAGUGGAAACCAUGGAUGGCGAAAACAAGUAUUUUGCAGAGGGCUUUGGGCUACAGGAUGCCAGAAAGGGCGUCAUUUUCGAGAGCUUCCCCCCUGUGCUUCACCUCCAGCUCAAGCGCUUCGAGUACGACUUCCAACGCGAUGCCAUGAUGAAAGUCAACGACCGUUACGAAUUCCCAGAAGUAUGGGACGCCGCACCCUACCUUUCCGAAGGCGCCGAUCGAUCUGAGUCAUGGGUCUACCACCUCCACGGUGUUCUAGUUCACAGCGGCGAUCUCAAUGCAGGCCAUUACUACGCUUUCCUCAAACCUACCAAAGACGGGCACUACUACAAGUUCGACGACGACCGUGUAACACGCGCCACGAUCCGCGAAGCGCUCGAGGAAAACUUUGGCGGCGAUUAUGUCCAGGCGAACGGAAACACGGGCCAGCGAAACCCCUACACGCGGGCUUGGUCGGCAAAGCGCUCCAUGAGCGCUUACAUGUUGGUCUACGUUAGAGAAACAAAGCUUGACCAAGUCCUCAUGGACAGCAAAGCUGUGGAACCCCCCAAGCACCUUGCCGAGCGACUUGCCGAAGAGCGUGCGGCUUUGGAACGUAGGAAGAAGGAGCGUGAGGAGGCGCAUCUCUACAUGGAUGUCGCUGUCGCAUCCAACGACCAAUUCAGUGUCUACCAGGGAUUCGACAUUGUGCCAUGGAAGAGCGAUAUAGAGACACCCGCUAGCCCAAAGAUCUACCGGGUUCUCAGAGCAACGACCAUGGCCGACUUUGCGGAAACGGUGGCGCGAGAUUUAGGUACGCAGGCCGAUAUGCUGCGGCCGUGGUCCAUGGUCAACAGACAGAAUGGUACCAUUCGUCCUGACACUGCCCUGGAAUUUCCCGAAAUGACGGUCGAAGAGGCCGCAAGCAAGCACGGCACAAAGCAAUCGCAAUUCAGAAUGUGGAUCGAAAAGGCCGAGGAACGCGAUUCGUCUGGCGCGCCGAUAUUUGGCGACCGGCCGGUGGAUCUCAAGGGCCAGGCUAACAACCGCCCAUUGAUGAUAUUCUUAAAGCACUUUGACGCCCAUCAACAGAGCCUCUUCGGUAUCGGAACCCUUUACGCAGCCUACCAAGACAAAGUGUCGGACCUCAGCCCUACCAUCCUCAAGAUGAUGGGAUGGCCAGCCGGCACGCAAAUCAAGCUCUCAGAGGAGAUUAAGCAAAGCAUGAUCGAGGCAAUGAAGCCAAAGGUCACACUAGCGGCGUCUGAGAUUCAAGACGGUGACAUUAUUACAGUCCAACGUGUGCUAAAUGACAAAGAGGUGGCGCAGGUAACAGCGACAGGUGGCUACACUGAUGCCAAGGAAUUCUACGAUUACUUGCUCAACCGGAUCAACGUCGAGUUUGUGCCGAGGAUAUCAGAAGCCGAUCUACCGACCUUUUCCCUGACGCUCAGCAAGAAGAUGGCCUACGACCAGUUUGCUAGCAAGGUGGCGGAGUACCUCAAGACGGAUCCCAACCAUCUCCGCUUCACUACUGUCAGCACAGCUGGCAAACCCAAGCAAGCUAUCAAGUACAACGCCAGCUCCACACUCAACAACAUCCUCUUCCCUGGUCCGUACAAUUACUCGGCGAGUGCCAUGCAACGAAAUGAUGUCAUGUUCUACGAGGUGCUGGAUAUGAGUCUGAAAGAGCUGGAACAGAGGAAACCGGUAAAGGUGACUUGGCUGCCUGAAGGGCUCAGCAAAGAGGAGGAACAUACUUUGAUGGUACCUAAGAAUGCCCAGGUUUCCGAUCUUCUCGAGGCGCUGCAAAAGAAGGCUGGCAUCAGCGAUGAGGUGAUGCAAAAGGUCCGAACAUACGAGGCGCACAUGCACAAGUUCCACAAGGUCCUGCCCCCGGAUCAUUCCAUUAUGAGCCUUUACGACUACACGCAAAUCUUUGCCGCGCCUUUUCCUGAUGAAGAGUCGUCGAAGAAGAUUACAGUGUUUCACUACGACAAGGAACCCUCAAAACCCCACGGCGUGCCAUUCCAAUUCUCGCUCAAGGAAGGCGAACCGUUCAGUGAGACUAGACAGCGACUAUCAGACUUUACCAAGAUCAAGGGCAAGCAGCUGGACAAAAUCAAAUUUGCUCUUGUUAGCAGGUCGCAAUAUUCAAAGCCAGAGCCGUUAGAGGAUGAUGACGUAUUAUGGGAUGUAGUAGCAGGACGAGACGACGUAUCAAUAGGACUCGACCACCCAGCCAAAACACGGACGCUCUGGGGCAAGACAGAUUCCAUAUUCAUUCGUUGAGGUGUAGAAAAUAGCGUUAUGGAAUACGACGGGACCGCCAGCAACAUUGCUCAUCAGGGCCACUUUACGCUGUGAGCAAGACGACAUAAAAUAUGUCAUUAUUGCUUGGCAGGGUGGCGCGCUUUGCGCCCAUUCAAGAUGCAUGGCGCAGGGAGCUGUGAAGCAUUGCAUUUGGCGGAGCGUGUGUGUAGGGAAAUUAGCACUGGCGCCUAGAUGUUUGUAGUGAGUGUGUAGCGUGUGCUGUUUGGAUGAGGUCUUGCGUGUAGGCAGUGUAGACCGGUAUAGCAACAGUAACAUCCAAUGGCAACCAUGAGCC